AAAGGCAACGGCCGGCGGUGGCUUUCUCAGGGCUGGGCGCUCAUCGCUGACCGCGCGUGUUUCGGUUGUGGGAGCCCAGAGGCAAAGCAGCCCCAAUGACAGCAAAAGGGCACCCCCCUGUCACAGCAGGGUCCAUCGUCGUCCCUUACGGACACGCGGUUGGAAAUGAGAAAUGGAGAGGGUCGGAAAUAUCCCAGAGGCUACAAGGGAAAAUCAAGCUCAUUUUUGAAGAUGGCUUGGGACUUGUGGAUUUCCAUCUUUCAAACAAAACUUGCAUUUUAUAUAUUUCUGAAGCAGAUUUGGUUGCAGGGGAUGAAUUCAAACGAAGAUUGGUUCGGUUUAGGAAUGCAAGCAGUCUUAGUGGAAUUGUAAUUGUCGAGAGAACGCCUAUAAGUGAGCAGUACUUCUUAGCAGUGCAGAAGCUUGUGGUGCUAGAACUUGGCAUGGUGCUGCUUCCUGUGGCAAAUCAAGGAGAAGCUGCUCAGCUUAUCACUCAACUCGUCCGUGAGCAAAGUAAGGAUCGCAGCAGCAACCCCUUUCUUCGGAAGCAGUGUUCUCAGCUAGCAGAGGCUUCGGUGUUCCGGACAGUGCAGCAAAUUCCGGGAGUUGGAAAAACAAAAGCUCUGCUUCUGCUGCAGCAGUUUGGGAAUAUCCACAGACUUUGUAAUGCAUCCGUCAAAGAACUCGAGGCAGUAGUUGGACCAACAGUAGCACAACAAAUUUAUACUUUUUUUACCAAAAGUUCCUGAUGCGCGUGUGUUAAUACUUUCUCUUUUGGAACAUGCAGUUUUAAAAUUUUGUUUGUUUGUUUGUUUGUUUUCAUAUUCCUUGUGACCUCUUAAGAUUUUGCUUUUAAUAAUCCUGGUAAAAACUGAAGGGAGUUGCCUGAGUGUCUAGAGAUUACUUUUCUGCUUCUCCAUAGCUGCUCUGCUCAUGUAGAUAAGAGCUGUUAUCUUACCUUGAAACGAGGGCUGUAAAAUGUUUUGCAUGUGUCUUGUAUGAAAACUGAGGAGAAAUCUGUCUUUUUCAGUGAUCACAGAUAAAAAACAU